CUGGUGUCGGCGGACGGCUCACACUCAGAUGGAGGCUCUGUGUGUGCAGACAGCCAGGCGGAACUGCCCCCCCCUUUGGAGAGGACCGGGGGCAUUGGAGACUCCAGACCCCCCUCCUUCCAUGCGAAUGCUGUGGGCAGCCAGGACAACCUGGACACAGAGACGGAGACGGAGUCGGUGGUUUCGCUGCGGAGGGAGAGAGAGCGGGAGAGAGAGAGGGACAGGGAGAGGGAGAGAGAGAGGCCACGAAGGAAAGACUCACAUGAACACGGCGGGAGGAUGAACGGGCACUCGCGGCCGGAGCGACGGGCGGACCUGGGCGGGUACGACAGCGCCUCCACGGCCAUGAGCAGCGAGCUGGAGUCCACCAGCUUCUGCGACUCCGAGGACGAGGACGCCACCAGCCGGUUCAGCAGCUCCACAGAACAGAGCAGCUCCUCCCGCCUGAUAAGACGGCAUCGCCGGCGGCGACGGAAACCCAAAGCGUCGCGUGUGGAGAGGUCGUCCUCGUUCAGCAGCAUAACAGACUCCACCAUGUCUCUGAACAUCAUCACUGUCACUUUAAACAUGGAGAAGUAUAACUUCCUGGGCAUCAGUAUUGUGGGGCAGAGCAAUGAGAGGGGUGACGGGGGCAUCUACAUCGGCUCCAUCAUGAAGGGCGGGGCCGUGGCGGCGGACGGCCGCAUCGAGCCGGGGGACAUGCUGCUGCAGGUGAACGACAUCAACUUUGAGAACAUGACCAACGACGAUGCGGUGCGGGUCCUGAGAGAGAUCGUGCACAAGCCGGGUCCCAUCACCCUGACGGUGGCGAAGUGCUGGGAUCCCAACCCCCGAGGCUGUUUCACGCUCCCACGGAAGUUGAGCUAUAUGACGCACUGCCCCACUCAAACAGGUGAGCCGAUCCGGCCCAUUGACCCUGCUGCGUGGGUGUCCCACACUGCUGCCAUGACGGGGGCGUACCCGGUGUACGGUAUGAGCCCUUCCAUGAGCACCAUCACCUCCACCAGCUCCUCCAUCACCAGCUCCAUCCCCGAGACCGAGCGGUUCGAUGACUUCCACCUGUCCAUCCACAGUGACAUGGCAACCAUCGCCAAGGCCAUGGCUUCCCCAGAGUCAGGCCUGGAGGUGCGAGACCGCAUGUGGCUGAAGAUCACCAUCCCCAACGCCUUCAUAGGGUCGGACGUGGUGGACUGGCUCUUCCACCACGUGGAGGGCUUCACGGACCGCCGCGAGGCACGCAAGUACGCCAGCAACCUGCUGAAGGCCGGCUACAUCCGCCACACCGUCAACAAGAUCACCUUCUCCGAGCAGUGCUACUACAUCUUCGGAGACGUGUGCGGCAACAUGGCUAACCUCUCCCUGCACGAUCACGAUGGCUCCAGUGGAGCCUCCGACCAGGACACCCUGGCCCCUCUGCCCCACCCCGGCGUGGCCCCCUGGCCCCUGGCCUUCCCCUACCAGUACCCCAUCCCCCACCCCUACAACCCCAACCCCCCCAACCUGCCCCCGCACGAGCCCCCCCACGGCUACACUGCCGGGGGGAGUGCUGGGAGCCAGCACAGCGAAGGGAGCCGCAGCAGUGGGUCCAGCCGCAGUGCGGGGGGGAAGAAGGAGGCCAAGCCAGGCCCCGGGGGGGGCGAGUCCAAAUCGGGGGGCAGCGGCAGCGAGUCGGAGCCGAGGCGGGAUAGGGCCCCCAGCGAGCGCUCAGCGGCGCCCCCUAGUGUCCACAGCCUCCACAGCGCCCACGGCCCCCACAGCCCCCACGGCCUGGUGUACGGCCCCCAGGGCCUGCCCGCCCUGCCCCAGCCUGGCCUCCCGCUCCCCCAGGCCCCCCCAGGCUCCCCCCCGGGCCGGGACCUGGCCUCCGUGCCCCCGGAACUCACCGCCUCCCGACAGUCCUUCCACAUGGCCAUGGGGAACCCCAGCGAGUUCUUCGUGGACGUCAUGUGACCUGGGAGGAGUUGUGUCUGUGGGGGGGGGGGGGGCGCUUCCAGGAGCAGGGAGGAGAAAGAGCGAGUGGGAGAGACGGAAGGAGAGAGGGAGAAAGAGAGAGAGGCAGGAUGGUUGACUCCUCCAUCCCUCCAUUGUGAGGCUACCCUCUGAUGCUUUCUUCAGUGAAGAAGACAGGAAUCAAAAGUUUCACGCUUUCCUUCAACACUUUUUUUCUUCAUGCCCCCCCCGCCCACCCCCGAAGGGUCUUGUAGCGGAUUUUCUCCUCGUUCUCUCCCGGUCUCCUGUCCUGUGACCUCACAACCCAACCACAACACAACACAUCUACGUUUUUUUGUUAAGAACUUUCGAAAAAAAAAGGAUGAGAGAACAUGUGGAGUGAAGGAGUGAAGAAGGAGGUCGGGGAACAGGAGGAGCGAUUCUUAAUGACUGGAAAAAUGACUCGUCUCCAAACGAAUGAAAUGGAAAAAAGACUAAAGACUAAACGCUGACUGACAUGAUUGUUAUUCUGUGCUUCUUUUUUUUUAAUUGUACUCGUCUGUUAGAGAAGUGGAGAGUGAGAGAAAGAGAAAACAAGCAGACUUCCGUGCCAAACGAAUGGUGUGUGUGUGUGUGUGUGUGUGAGAGAGAGAGAGAGCGUGUGUGCUUGCUGUAUUCGAGAGAGAGAGAGAGAGGGAGAGAGAGCAAGCCUUUGGGUAAGUCACAGUUCUCAUGAGUGCAAAUGAAAUCCAAGCAGGCGUCUUUGUCCGUCUCCCUGGGAGACGAAGGCGUGGCUGGCCGCCUGUGCACUUUAAUCCGCUGGGGUGCUGUACUUAAGGUAUACUGCCGCACACACAUGCAGGCACAUUCCCACGGGCGUCCCGGCUUUCCCUGCUGUUGCCAUGGGAACAUCCUUAGCUACAGAGUUUUCAGGCUGACCUUUCUGGAACAUUCUGACGCACACUGCGGUGUAGCCUGUUAUUCUGGAGGUACCAAUGCUAGCCAAAUCAGAUUUCGCAAAAUUUUUCCACACUGGUAAUCCUGCGUGAUUUGCCGUGGGUGAAACCUGCACCAGACUGCGGCUGUCCAAGUGAGAGCAACUGUGCUCAGGCAGUCUGGCUGUGUUAACAGUUUGUGCACAGACAGUCUGGCUGCGUUAACAGUUUGUACACAGGCAGUCUGGCUGUGUUAACAGUCUGUGCACAGACAGUCUGGCUGCGUUAGCAGUUUGUGCACAGGCAGUCUGGCUGUGUUAACAGUUUGUACACAGACAGUCUGGCUGUGUUAACAGUCUGUGCACAGACAGUCUGGCUGUGUUAGCAGUUUGUGCACAGGCAGUCUGGCUGUGUUAACAGUUUGUACACAGGCAGUCUGGCUGUGUUAACAGUCUGUGCACAGACAGUCUGGCUGUGUUAGCAGUGUGAGCACAGUCAGAGACACUCUAGGAUGCCAGGGGCACGAGGGGGUCAGAGAGCAGGGGUCGACAGGCCUGGUCCCGGAGCGCUGCAGGGCGUGGCUGUUUUUUGUUUUCACCUAAAAAUAAGCAACCGAUUCAGACCCCAGGAACAAGGUGAGGUGAGUUAACUGUGUAAUCAACUGCAUUCACUGAUGAAUGAAGUGCUGAGUAAUACCGAAAGCCAGCACACCCUGCGGCUUCUCCAGGACCAGGGUUUCCGACCGCUGCUCUAGAGACAUAACAUUCAGCAUAUUUUCUUACUUUCAUGGGUGAAGUCCAGCCUACUCUGUGGACAGUUCCUGUGAGAGUUUUGCCCCUGUAAUCUUUCUCACGUGCUAUAGCUUCCCUCUUUCUCCCACUCUCAUCGCCUCAAGAGCAUUCUUUUUUUAAUCCGUCAUCAUCAUUAACAUUAACGAUCCUGUAUCUUUUUUUUUUUUUUUUCCAGUUUAAUUUCUCAUUGUAACGCUCGGUCCACUCCCAGCACCAUUAGCAUCAGAUAAUGUAUAGUGAUCAACAGUCGAGCUUCACGCCGACUGUCCUGUACGAUGU